AUGGAAGCUCUUCCUUUCUUUGUUGGAGUGAUAGGAAACAUCAUCUCUGUGUUGUUCUUCCUUUCUCCCGUGAAAACAUUUUGGUUAGUGUUGAAGAAAAGAUCAACGGAAGAAUUUGACAGUCUUCCUUAUGUUUCGACUUUCCUCACAGCUGCUUUGUGGGCUUACUAUGGCCUAAUCAAACCUGAUGGCUUUCUCAUUGUCUCUGUCAAUAUCUUUGGAAUUUCCCUUCAAAUUUGCUACCUCACCAUUUUCCUUCUAUUUUCACCUCCAAACAUGAGGGUUAGAACAGCAACUCUAGUAGCAAUUUUUGACAUUGGAUUCGUGGGUGCAACAAUCUUGAUAUCGUAUUUGAUGUUACAUGGAACUUCUCGAAUUGAGGUCAUUGGAUUCAUUUGUGCUGCUCUCAACAUUAUGAACUGUGGUUCGCCUCUUGGAAUAGCGAGGAAAGUGGUGAGAACUAGAAGUGUGGAGUAUAUGCCAUUUCUUCUCACUUUGUGCAUAUUUUUGAACUCUGGGGUCUGGACUUUCUAUGCUGUGCUUGUCAAAGAUCCCUACAUUGGAGUACCCAAUUUGAUUGGAUUCCUUCUUGGAGUCAUGCAAUUGGUAAUCUACGUCAUUUACAUGAACGAGUCUAAAUCAUCCAAAGAAGAUCAUUCAUCGAUACAUGAUCAACUUCUUCCAUCACAUUCCGAUAAAACAUGUGAUCUCUUAUUGAGUCAUUCAGAGUCCAACUCGAGCAAGAUAGUUCUAAAAAUUACAACAUGAUUCACGCCAAUGUAACUCUUCUCCACAUAUUAAACGACGAAUUCUUAAAUUUUAAUGGGUCAAUGGAUACGUCUAUCAAGGCAUGAAUCCAAAUUCCUCGAGUUGGAUCUCCCAUAGCUAAGAUGAACUCAUUCGUAAUAGUAGAUUUACCAUUAUUUGAG